CCCCCCCGGUUAGCCUUGAUUAUCGCACGGUAAAGUUGCUGUAAGUGAAGUGAGCGAAGUCUCACAACGGCUCGCCGUCAUGUUGAUAAUGUGAAGCGGUCUGUGAAAGCCUCAGUAUAGCACCACACGGCAGAUAUAUAACCGAGAGAACCACUUUAAGCAUUCCUAAUCACAUAUCCAACAGUUUAACUCGGAUCCUGGCCGGAAACGCACCACCUCCUGCAAUAUUAUGACCUCGCAGGAGCCGAGCUGGGUGAUAAGCUGUAACAGAGCACUAGAGUGAACACGGAUCCGCACUCGGACCAUGAAAAUGUAUGUCUGGAUAACGCAAACCAUCGCUUUUGCAUCCUUCGUUCUGUCUUGGGCUGAAACCAUCGAAAGCUACGGAGAGAUUUGUGAAAAUCUUUGCUCUUGCGAGGAGAAAGACGAAAUACUGGUGGUGGGUUGUGAAAACAGCGAGAUUAUCAGCCUCCUCCAGAUCAGCCCGCCGCGGUUCUCUGUCUAUCAUCUCUUUCUAACCGGGAAUCUGCUCCACCGACUGUACUCGAACGAGUUUAUUAAUUUUACUGGGGUUUCUAUUCUACAUCUGGGUGGCAACGAGAUCCAGGACAUCGAACCGGGCGCUUUCAACGGGCUGCGAGCGACCAAGAGGCUGCACCUCAAUAAUAAUAAAUUGGAAGGGAUACGAGAUGAUACUUUUUCUGGACUGGAGAAUUUGGAAUACCUCCAGCUAGAUUAUAACUACAUCAGCUCGAUCGAAGCCGGCUCUCUCAGUAAACUGCACAUGCUGCAAGUCCUGAUCCUGAACGACAAUCUCCUCAGCAGUUUACCUAGCAACAUCUUCAAGUACGUCCCUCUCACCCACCUCGACUUGCGAGGCAACAGGCUCAAGAUGUUACCCUACGCGGGGCUUCUGGAGCAUAUGGACAGGGUGGUCGAGCUGCAGUUGGAGGAAAACCCCUGGAACUGCACUUGCGAGCUCAUCGCCCUGAAAGCUUGGCUGGAGAGCAUUUCUUACACGGCCUUGGUCGGGGAGGUUGUUUGUGAGACGCCUUUCCGGCUCCAUGGCAGGGACCUAGACGAGGUCGCCAAGCAAGAGCUCUGCCCCAGGAGAAUGAACAUGGACUCCGAUUGGAAACCUGUGCCCCCUUUGACUACACAUGGCUAUUUCUACACUACCCCAGCGCCGGCAACGUCCUUCAUCACUUCAUCGCCUGUGUCAAAGUUCCCAGCCAGGGCCCCAAAAGGCACUCGCCUCCCCAAAUUACCACGUAUGCGCACCACCUCCAAGGGACCCUCCUUAAAGGAAGGAUACAACUAUGGACCUAUUUUCGCCUAUCAGACCAAGCCUCCCGUGCCUUUAGUGUGCCCUCGCCAAUGCACGUGUAACAUGCAGAUCUCCGACCUCGGUCUUAACGUAAAUUGCCAGGAAAGAAAGAUCGAAAGAAUAUCCGAGUUGGAGCCAAAGCCCUACAAUCCCAAAAAAAUGUACCUCACAGGGAAUUACAUCCUGACCGUGCGACGCUCCGAUUUCUUUGACUCGCCCGGAUUAGAUUUAUUACAUCUUGGUAAUAAUAAGAUAACCGUGGUGCAGGACCGUGCUUUUAUGAAUCUGACAAAUUUGCGCCGACUUUAUCUCAAUGGUAAUUGCAUCGAACGGCUCACUUCAGAAAUAUUUUACGGGCUGCGAAGUUUGCAGUACCUCUACCUAGAGUACAAUGCCAUUAAAGAGAUAGUGUACGGCACCUUUCGGCCGGUGCCCAAUUUGCAGCUCCUCUUUAUAAAUAACAACCUGCUGAGGGUUUUCCCCGGGGGUAUCUUUCUUGGUUUGAAUUUGACCAGGCUCAGUUUGAGGAGUAACCGUUUCACCUCCCUGCCUGUGGUUGGAGUCCUCGAGCAACUGAAAUCCCUAAUACAGAUCGAGUUGUACGAAAAUCCAUGGGAUUGUACGUGUGAUAUAGUGGGCAUGAAGCUUUGGCUGGAGAGGUUUAACACUGGGACUCUUAUAAAUGAUGUCAUCUGCGAAUCGCCCAAAAGAUUCGCAGGGAAAGACCUGCGAACGAUUAAAUCCGAUUUAAUCUGCCCCGAUUACUCAGAUAUAGUGGUGUCGACUACGAGCCCCUCCGUUACCCAGUCCACAGAGGCACCCACCACCGCAGCCACCCCACUUCAGUACAUCACGGACACUGGUUCUGUGCCGCUCUCUGUCCUUAUCCUCAGUUUGCUUCUGGUUUUCAUCACAUCCGUGUUCGUCGCCGCUGGCCUCUUCGUGGUGGUGAUGAAACGUCGAAAAAAGGCCCAAAGUGACCGGGCCAGCACUAACAACUCGGACGUGAGCUCUUUCAACCUCCAAUACAGUGUUUAUAGCCACAGGUCGGCUCCCAAGGCCAAGGGUCCAGCCAGUCAAGUGUAUGAGUACAUCCCCCAGCCUCUGGGACACAUGUGCAAGAACCCCAUCUACAGAUCGAGGGAAGGCAAUUCAGUGGACGACUACAGGGAUUUACAUGAGCUGAAAGUCGCCUACAGAAGCCAACCAGAGGAGGAAAGGGAGAACCAGCUGAGAAGCCCCACAUACAGCAUCAGCAUCAUAGAACCCCAUGAGGAGAUCUCCCCUGUGCAAGAUGUAGAUCAUUUCUACCGUGGGAUUUUAGAACCCGAAAAGGUGUCACCCAGUGGGAACAGUGUUGACUAUAAAUAUGGUAGCCCACCAAACUAUAAUUACUCACCAAACUAUGAAGUUAGACGUCAAUAUUUACAUCCAGAAAGGAUGAGGGAGACGGUGCUCUAUGGGGCACCCAGUAAUUUAUAUGCUGAGCAAAUUAGAAAUGACUAUCUGGAACUGAAGGCAAAGCUUCACGUCGAGCCGGACUACCUCGAAGUUCUCGAAAAACAGACCACGUGCAGUCAGUUCUGAGCCAGAGAGUUGUUUGUAUACAGUAUUUAUUUAUAAUUAUCUGUUUUUUUUCUCUCUCUGGUUAGCGUAAAUGUUUGAGGUGAAAGUGCCUUGGCACCAGAUUGUCACCUUGAAUGGAUAUUUGAACAAGGGGUGUGCAGCACAAACACAUGUCCACUGAAACAUUUGAAUUUGCUAGGAUCAAGAAAGUUCAACUGAAGGUUGUCCUGGUGAUAUGAUGGCAGUAGGCAUAAGUAAUCGUUUUGGGUGUUACUGCUUCUAAAGGGACAUUGUAGUCUUUCUUAUUAUCUUUUGGGAAACAAUAUAGUUUUUACUAAAGUGGCAGUACAUCUAAGCGUGCUAGUAAGAUUGCUGUUUCUCCACAACACAUUUAUUCAAGUUGAAUAUUUUAGUUACAACAUAGACCCGGCGAACUAUUUCUAAUCAAAACAAAAUUUACCCGGGAGUUACCUCUCCAACCAAAACAUUUUGCUUAUUCCUAGAUGACAUCAAAAAUAGCGCAUGAUGUACAGAAAUCCAUCAGUACAUUGCAUUUUUGCUGCAGGACAUUAUAUACCUGUUGCAGUGGAUCUCUGUGUGUUUUAGAUGAUGUACAAUGCACAGUUUUGAGUUUGGUUCUAGCUUCAGCCGUCUUUAUGAUUAAGAUCAAAUUGGCCUUCCAGCAAACUUUCAAGAGACUAGCACACCCCUGAUUUUAGUAUGAAGCUCUUAUUCUUUAAGUGGAUGUCUUUGUAUGCAUUCUGCACUUUUAAAUUCGAAAGAGACCUCAGGGUCUUUAAUAUUCAUCUCAGAGUUGCACAAAUCAGUGUGUGCACUGGGGCCAUGCAGGGCUAUAUGAUGGAUUGUACAAAACUGUAUGUAAUGUCUGUACCCUUGUAAAGAAAAAGAACUGAAAGGGUUAGUUAUAUUGCACCACUAGGUGUUCAAACUGGCUAUUUGUGUGGCAUAUUUUUUUUACAUACAAUAUAUAGUUUAACAAAAAUAGAAAUUAUAAAGGCAGUUGAAUUUUAAAAAAAUGGCAAAUUGUUUUCAGUGGCUAUUAAUUAAACAAAGCCAAAUAAAAAAAAACAUUAAAAAGCAUUUGUCAGAGAGCAGCAUUUUAACAGGGUUUACCAUUACUCAUUUUAACCAUUUGUUAUAAUGGAAUUGCAUUCUUUAACUGAACCAGAUUUCUGCCAAGAACUAGCUGCAACUAGAAUAUCUGAUUUUGGGGUCAGCAUGAUGAUGCAUUGAUAAAGCAAUUUUUUGUAAAAGAAACAGUCAGAAUAAGAUCUGGAAUUGUGUUUGAACUGAUUGCAUUAACAUCCCCAGUAGAGGUCUCUACAAAUACAUGCCAUUAGCUGGUCAGUAUUUAUUCAGUAAUUUUCUCUAUCAAUUGGUUUUACUCUUUAAAAAAGGUCAUCACCUUGCACUCAUAUGACAGGGAUUCAAAUAGUUUGGCACCCCUCAAUACUCCACACCAAAUUCAUUUGGCUUGAUUGAAAAUCUUAAUUUUCAUAAAACUGCUGUGGUAUUUAAAUGUUGUUUCAUCAUUCACCACAAUUUUCACCCAGAUAAAGUGUGUGAAUUGAUAUUGAGUUAAUUUAAUGCAUUAGAUGGUGUACAGCAUCUUCAUGAACUGCUGUAAAGCAGGUUUUUAUUUUACUCUGUUUUACAUUUAUUUAUUUAAAAUCCAUUACUUUUCUGAGAAAUUUGACUAACAGCAGAUAUACCUCAAGUACUUCAGCCAGAAAACAUGUUGAUGAAAUGCUCACAGAAAUCUGUCAAAUAAAUUUGUUUCUCAUGGAAAUUUCAUAUGAAAAGCAGUACUUAAGUCUAUGAGAAAUCAAAGCCACAGUGAUGUCUCAAAGGGUUUUGGAGUUGUGGAAGUUAUUUCAUUAAAAUAUUAUCUGAUUUUUUUAAACUGUCAUAUCUAAUGUUUUUCCCUGAUUAAAUUAUUCUAAAGGUUCAGUGAACCAUUCUCACACAUGCUUUUCAUAAAUAAAUAAUUAUCAAGCUUAAGCAGGAGCCAGGCCUAUGUUUGUGGAAAUUAAAUAUCAGGAUAAUAGAAAUUUAUUGUUACUUCUGUAAUCUUUACUUUCUUUUACUGCCCAAUUACAGAGGAUAAAAUGUAGGUAGAAAUUUCUUGGAAAUAAUAAUUUUGUUGCAGAUUGGCAGACGCAUUCUCUUUGCUUGGCCCAAGUGGAAUACAGCAGCAUAUAAAGAAAUCCAGACUUUAUCCUCUCAUUCCUGAAAAUAUUACCGCAGUUUCCAGAAACACUAACUGUAUCUCACAUAUAAAAUCACAGUAUUUAUUCUGUUCCUUUUCUUGGUUGGUUUUAUCAACUUUGGUGCAAUAAAACACAACAUAUUUAUAGCAUCCUCACCAGAGGUAUUGUUCAAAUUAAUAAAUCACAAUGUAUGUUUCUUAAAGGAGGAAGAGUUUUGAAUGUUCUUUUUAUUUAUUUUAAGAUGACUGUAGGAAUUUACCUCAUUCAUUAAAAUCAUCACUGGCAACCUUAUUAUCUCCAUAAUUCAGAUAGGGUAGAGCAUUUGAAUUAUUGAAUUACUAUUCUCAGCAGACGAAUGAAUGCUUAAUGCUUUGAAUUCCAAGUUGCACCCAAUAUCAUUUCUGUUUUAUGUUCAUAAGACAUGCAAUUAUUUAAAAUAACAUUUUAAUUAUUAUGCUCCAAAUAUUGCUAGAGCCUGCUGUGCACCAUUAGACCUUUUACUGCAUUCUUAAGCUCAGAAGAUUUUUUUAAACCAUAACUUGUAUGAUCUGAUAAUGCUGCAGCAAGGUCAAAGAGGCAUCAGGAACCUGGGAAAGCAAUGGGAUUAUUGUCCAGCUCCUUAACCAAUCAAAUCAAAGAAGUGAUUAAGUAUCAGAAUAUAUGGCACGGAAAGAAAAAAAUGAGUUAUAGUCAAAUCAGUUACCAAAAGAGACAUAGAUUGAGAAGGAAGGACUGGAUUCAGAGAAAGAGAAAAGGAGACAAAAGAGUAAAAUAAGGACAAAAAAAACACAAUUAUUUUAAUUUUUAAAAAACUUUAAAAAGCUGUCAAAGUUUACAAAAACUCCAAAGUUUAAACUGUUUGUUUUCUGCCAAAUAAAAUUGUUAUUACAAAGUCCUUAUGCUAGUUCUUAUGAACCAUAACUUACUGUGGCAUAUUUAAUAGGUAACCCAUCAGCAAACCCAGCAAGUUCAUCAAAAUAAAGGAGAACUUAAAGGUAAGAUCCCAUUUGUUUGAAGCAAACAGAAGACUAACGUUAAUCAACCAACAAAUUAUGAAAAUUGCUUCUGACCGAGAAUUUUGUUGCCAGAUUUACACAUUAAUAAUAAGAUGCCCUGACAGCACAUAAUUACUUUUCCAGCCAGAUCUGCCCUAACCAACAUACUGGUGAAAUAGGGAAAAACGAGGAUACAUGAAACUGAAGUCAACAUUUGAAUUUAUUAGGAGGUGCUCUGAAUAUAUAUUUAUUUCACCACACUUACAUUUUCUGGGAAGUAUAUAUGUGCAGUGUUCCAUCUUUGAACUCUAUGCAGGUCAAGUGAAUGUACAGAAUUGAUUUUCAGAUUCAAUAACCACAAGGACAUAGCCCUUAAACCUAUAUAGUUUGCUUGGUAAAGAAGCAUGGUUCCCAACUAUAUAGCUUAGUCUUUCCACUGAACACUUCAAUGAACCAUCUUACAAACAUAAUCAUGGCAAUCUGUUCUAGUUUCUAAUCUUUCACACAAUCCUAUUAAUACAUUUAUUUAAUAACAUUGAAAAUAAAGGAUAAAAUCACAGCUUGAAGUAUUUGUUUCAUAUACAAAGUUUCAUACAUUAAAUUUGAUACAAGAUUGCUUUCUCCUAAAUUGAAAUGGAUAUUUUUCUUAACAGUUUUACAAGGACAUCUUCAAUAUGUUUACCAAAAAACAAAUAAACCUUCCUUAAUCUAAAAUGCAGUUAAAAACAUAUUUUAUGUAACUAUAAUGUGGUUCAAUGGAAACUAAGCAAAUAAAUUGAAAACAUAGAAAUCAGAUGUGCGGUCUGCAGUACAACAAAUCAAAUAUUAACUGAUACUUUAUUGAAAUCUAGAUGACAAGCAUUAACGAACUUAAAAUGCUGCACACUAAUCCAGAUAGGUAUUGUUGUCCACUUAUGUAGUUAAAGGCUGAAUGGUGGACAGAUUGUUAUGUUACAGUAGAAAUAGAAUCAACCAUUAAAUUAACAGCAGAUGGUAUAAUUUAAACAUGUUAUGCAAAGUUGAAAUCGACACUGAUGAUCUUGAUCAAAAUGAUAUGUGUAUAUAUUCCUUAUUGUGUGCAAUCUUUCCACUGUUUAUUUACUAUUUAGUCUUAAACUCCAAAAGUUCACACCACAAUUAAUUAUUAUUUCCAAAGGGGUGUUGUUUUGUGAUAACAUCUGAGCUUAUGCUGGACUUUGCAGAAAUUUACUUGCUGAGUCAGGGUGCAUAUCAUGCUUUGCAACACAAAUAAAUAGUCAUAAAAUAGUUAACUAUUUCAUAGCCAGAUUCCCAUUUCUUUUAUUUCUGACUAAUUGAAAAAGUUACUAAUUGAUAACCAACACAUCAAUAUUGAAAAGUAGGUAACUGUGAUUUGUUUCAUUUUGUGAUUAUCAUCUUUUAUAUUUUUAUUACUUCACAUUGACUAUGAUGCCCACUGUUUAGUUGCUAAAAACAUGAAAAGCAUAGAGCGAGCAGUGGUGAUGAGGCAGACCAGGUGAACUUACUCUCUGGGAUGUUUGUGGAACAGUUGUUUGUCUCUCUGAUUUGCUCAAUUGUUCUGUCUUAUCUUAAAGUUACAAUAUGGUACAAUAUAUUAAUCUGCUAACUUUUAUUAUUAAAGGACAAAUCUAAUAAUAACUUAACUCAAAUUAAAUCUUUAUAUAAUUUAGUGUUACGUAUGUAUACGACUUCUUGUCUCAAUGAUCAUUUUAAUGAAUUUGAUUUAUAGUUUACACAUGUUCAUAAACUGUAAAAAAAAGCUCUGCAGAGACCAGUAAUUAGUCCAAAAUGUACACCCAUACAUAAUGCCAUGUAAUGCAAAGAUUCCCAUGAAUAUCAACUGCAAUUAUUGAGUCUAUUCUACUGAACUGAGCAAGAAAAUGGACACAAAAAUAGUGUAAUUAAAAGAAAUCAACAGCUUUGCCCCACUGCAUAUCACCUUUUACACCUUUCAGUACGUAACUUAAGUAUUCACUCCACUGAAAAUCUUUUGUUUUUUUUUCCAUUUACAGAAAGGUAACAUUUAGGGCAAAAUAUGUUACAUAGAGCUUUACCAUUUUCAGUCAUCUUGAAAGGCAAAUAAAUGGUAAUGUUGUGUCAUGUAAAGUAAAAUACAAUGAUAUUUUUAUUCUGAGUUUUUCGUGGGAUGAGCAGUUUUAAACUUAAAAGUACGAACAUAAAAAACAAAAGCCUAGCUAAGUAUUUGUUUGAGUUUUUUCUCAAUGACGAGAAAUAACCACUCAGAAGAAUUCUAAGUUAGCAAAGGGAGGUAUUCUUAGUUUGGAUUUGAAGUCAGGGACCUUAUUAAUAUACGUUGUAAGAUAGAACACAGAAGAUGAAGCUACACAGGUUCCUACUGCACAUUGAUUUUUUUUAGGAUUUCAUGGAGUUGGAAGUUCUGUGUAGAUAUUUUGGAACACUGAUUCAAAUCAAAUUCUUGUGUGGAGUAUUUUAAUAAAAUCCUUAGCAUAUUUAUUUCAAAUAGAUUAAUGGCACACUAACGUUUGUUGCAAAUGUAUUAGUCAGUGAAUAUAAACAGUACCCAGAGGCAUUUUGUCUCCUGUGUUCAUUUGCAAUAUUGAAAAAUCCUUUCAAAAGUCUGAAUUUUGCUAAGAUCUAGAUUCACUACUGCAUCAUGAUGAUAUUCAGGAAGGUCAUCUCACUGACCAGAGUGAUGAGACCAUGACUGGUGACAGGGCCUCAAACCACUGGGUAUGGUGGUGACAGAGUGCAUAAAUUACCAGGCCAGUGAUUUUUGGACUAACU